UUGAAACAUUUGAAAUCUAUAUUACCCGAUAUUACCACAUAUACCUAUGAAACGAAAAAGAUACCCCUUGAAAACAAUAUCACAGUAUCUACAACUUACGGUGAAGAAAAUAUUACAUAUUCAAAAAUGUUUUCAGAUUUAGGAGUAUCUUCAGAAACAUUGCUACCACAGAUGCUAUGUGAAAACUGUGCAUUGUCAACUGUUAAGAGUUAUGUAUUUUUUAAGCUUUACCAAUACUCAACAGAAAGAUGGAGCGAAAUUCUAAACAUUGUCAACGAUAAUCUAGAUAAAUCUAGUAGCCAAAAGCAGGAUGUUCAAAGUAUAUUUCUAGUUAUAAACAAAUCAGAAAAUAUUCUGUUUCAAAGUCGCUCACAAUGUGUUAAGAAGACUAAGAAAGAAGCAUUAAUCAAAUUCAGGGGUAUCGUAAAUAGGCAUAGAUCAUUAAAGAAAAAAGAAACAACAUUAAAUGUGGCUUGUUCAUUCUGUAAUGAAACUUUUAGCAACCUUAUACUACUGAUGAAACAUAUGAAGCAGCAUAACAGGUUUUCCCAUCCCUGUACACAAUGUCCAAAGAAGUUUUCAAAUGCCUUUCUAUUGAAGGAACACAAGGAACGGAUUCACAAUCCAAAAUUGUUAAAAUGCAGCUAUUGCACUGAGAAAUUCAGCACACAAAGACAACUAAAAUUACAUUUGCGAUUCUACCAUGUCGAAGUUUCAUGUAAUAUAUGCCUUUUUAAAUUCAAAUCAAGGAAAGAACUGAGGACCCAUUUGAAUAACCAUAGCCUCCUGGAAUGUGAGAUGUGUCAAAAGAAAUUUAGAAAUAGACAAACCUAUAAGCGACAUAUAAAAACUUGUAACAAAGAUAAUCAGCUACAAUUUAUAUGUGAUAUAUGUAACAAGGUUUAUUCACAUAAGAGUACACUCAGGACUCACAUAGCGACCGAUCAUGACUUUGGUGAGGUGCUGAUGUGUGAAUGGUGUAACAAGAAAUUUGAUGCGUUGAGUAAGCUUAAGAGUCAUGCGUUAAAGCAUACAAAAGAAAAGAAUUUCCAAUGCCACACUUGCGGAGGUAAAUUUGUGUCAAAACCAGCAUUACUAUACCAUACAAGAUUGCACACUGGAGAAACACCUUACCCUUGUGAUCUAUGCGGUCAGAGCUUCCUGUCAGCUUCGAGAAGAAUGGCACACAAGAAAAGAAAACAUUUUGGGCCCACUGAAGAAUGUCAUAUAUGCAAUACAAAGUUUUUCACAGGAUUUCAGUUACGCAAACACAUUCAGAGACAUUCUAAUCCACAUAGCAAGCUUUAUGUUGCUAAUGAUGAAGAGUGAUAAUUUUAUUUGCUGACAAUAUAAUUUGUUCCCAUUGUUAUUUAACAUUCCUGCCUGUUAUGCAAUUCCUGUAUUACUAAUUUACUAGUCUACAUUAGAAAAUAUGUAAUUUUAUCAUUUAUAUGUAUUGGAAUUUAUACAGUAAAUUAUAUUAAGUGUAAAAAAUA